AUGGCUCAACAGCAAGCACUGAGAUUUCGUGGCCCAGCUCCCCCACCAAAUGCAGUCAUGAGAGGCCCACCGCCUCUCAUGCGACCACCUCCACCUUUUGGUAUGAUGCGAGGUCCUCCUCCACCACCUCGCCCCCCUUUUGGACGUCCUCCAUUUGAUCCAAACAUGCCUCCGAUGCCACCUCCAGGAGGGAUUCCUCCACCAAUGGGACCUCCACAUUUGCAGAGACCCCCAUUUAUGCCUCCUCCCAUGGGUAGCAUGCCACCACCUCCUGGUAUGAUGUUUUUUUCGCCUGUCACUGCCCCUGGAACACCAGCAAUGCCCCCAGCCGAAGAGAUAUGGGUAGAAAACAAAACUCCAGAUGGCAAGGUCUAUUUCUAUAAUGCACGUACACGUGAGUCAGCCUGGACUAAGCCAGAUGGGGUCAAAGUUAUUCAGCAGUCGGAGUUGACACCAAUGCUGGCUGCACAAGCCCAGGCCCAGGCGCAAGCUCAGGCCCAGGCACAAGCAGUAGGUGCCUCCACGCCGACCACCAGUACCACUUCAGUUUCACAGACGAUUUCCACACCUACCACACAAGACCAGACCCCGAGUUCGGGUGUUUCAGUUGCCACACCAUCAGUCAGUGUUUCAACCUCUGCUCCUUCUGCUACACCUGUGCAGACUGUACCCCAGCCAGUCCCACAGACAUUGCCUCCUGCAGUUCCUCAUGCAGUACCUCAACCAACUGCAGCAAUUCCUGCUUUUCCACCAGUAAUGGUACCUCCAUUUCGUGUCCCCCUUCCUGGCAUGCCUAUUCCACUUCCAGGUGUAGCAAUGAUGCAAAUAGUCAGCUGCCCGUAUGUAAAGACAGUCGCUACCACCAAGACCGGUGUCUUGCCAGGCAUGGCCCCUCCUAUUGUACCUAUGAUCCAUCCUCAGGUUGCUAUUGCCGCUUCACCUGCUACAUUGGCUGGAGCAACAUCAGUCUCUGAGUGGACAGAGUACAAAACAGCAGAUGGAAAGACUUACUAUUAUAACAAUAGGACUUUGGAAUCAACAUGGGAAAAACCCCAAGAACUGAAAGAAAAAGAAAAAAUGGAAGAGAAGAUUAAAGAUCCAAUUAAAGAACCUACGGAGGAACCUUUACCAAUGGAGACAGAAGAAGAAGAGCCAAAAGAAGAACCUAUAAAAGAACUUAUAAAAGAGGAGCCAAAAGAGGAAGAAAUGACUGAAGAAGAAAAAGCAGCUCAGAAGGCCAAGCCAGUUGCAACAACUCCUAUUCCAGGAACCCCAUGGUGUGUGGUGUGGACUGGUGAUGAGCGUGUUUUCUUCUAUAACCCUACCACUCGUCUUUCAAUGUGGGACCGACCAGAUGACCUAAUUGGAAGAGCUGAUGUGGACAAAAUUAUUCAAGAACCUCCUCAUAAAAAAGGAAUGGAGGAAGGAAAAAAACUUAUUAGAGAAGAGCAUGAAUCUACAGAGGAAGCAAAUGAAGAUGAACCUAUUAAAAUUAAAAAGCGCAAGAAAGAUGAUAACAAAGAUAUUGAUUCAGAGAAGGAGGCUGCUAUGGAAGCUGAAAUUAAAGCUGCUCGAGAGAGAGCCAUUGUCCCUCUGGAGGCUCGGAUGAAACAAUUCAAGGACAUGCUUCUAGAAAGAGGGGUCUCUGCUUUUUCAACAUGGGAGAAAGAGCUUCACAAGAUAGUUUUUGAUCCUCGUUACUUACUUCUCAACCCGAAAGAAAGAAAACAGGUAUUUGAUCAGUAUGUGAAAACUCGAGCAGAAGAGGAGCGCAAGGAGAAGAAAAACAAAAUCAUGCAGGCCAAGGAGGAUUUCAAGAAAAUGAUGGAAGAAGCAAAGAUUAAUCCAAGAACUACUUUUAGUGAGUUUGCAGCCAAGCAUGCUAAAGACUCGAGAUUCAAGGCAAUUGAAAAGAUGAAAGAUCGAGAGGCCUUGUUUAAUGAGUUUAUCACAGCGGCAAGAAAGAAGGAAAAAGAAGAUUCGAAGACCAGAGGUGAGAAGAUCAAAAUGGACUUCUUUGAACUACUGGCUAAUCACCACCUGGACAGUCAGUCUCGCUGGAGCAAAGUGAAGGAUAAAGUAGAGACUGACCCCCGUUAUAAAGCAGUGGAUAGUUCUUCACAGAGGGAAGACCUUUUCAAACAGUACAUAGAAAAAAUAGCUAAGAAUUUAGAUUCUGAAAAAGAAAAGGAACUGGAAAGACAAGCUCGCAUUGAGGCAAGUUUGCGUGAACGAGAAAGGGAAGUCCAGAAAGCUCGUUCAGAGCAAACCAAGGAAAUUGAUAGAGAACGUGAGCAGCACAAACGGGAAGAAGCUAUACAAAACUUCAAAGCGCUUCUGUCUGACAUG